ACGUGUGUUUGAAAGUGUGAGUGAAAGUGUGUGUGUGAGAGAGUGUGUGUGAUGUGUGUGAGUGUGUGGGGGACUCAGUAAAGCAUGAGGUGUAUACUGGUGCUUCAGGUGCUGUUUGGCUGUUGGAGCAUAGCGCAGCCUUUUUGCCCGUCACAAUGCACCUGUUUGUUCCAUGGGACCAGGACGGUGCUGUGCAAUGACCCCGACAUGGCCGAGAUCCCCGUCAACGUCCCCUUAGACACGGUGAAACUCCGUGUGGAGAAAACGGCGGUGCGGCAAGUAAAAAACGAGGCGUUUUACUACCUCACUGAGCUCAGGUAUCUGUGGCUCACCUACAACUCCAUCGCCUUUGUGGAUCCUGCCAGCUUCUACAACCUGAAGGUCCUUCAUGAGCUCCGUCUGGAUGGAAAUCAAAUCUCCACGUUCCCCUGGGAGGCCAUCAGAGAGAUGCCUGACCUCAGGACACUGGAUCUUCACAAUAAUCGAUUAACAAGCCUUGGUGUAGAAGCUGCAGCUUACCUGGUAAACAUCACCUACCUGGACAUCUCCAGCAAUAAGCUAAUCACAUUGCCCUCUGACCUUCUGGACAUCUGGAGCCCGUUUUCUGGCAUGAUUUCCACAGUAGGUUCCUCUCAGAAGAUCAUACUGGGACUUCAAGACAACAUGUGGUACUGCGACUGCCGCAUAUCCAAACUCAUUGAGAUGUCCAAGAUGGCCGAGGGUCCUAUGGUGCUGAUGGACCCUUUGGUGGCCUGCAGCGGCCCGGAGAACCUGGCUGGGGUUCUGUUUAAGCGAGCAGAACUGGAUCAAUGCGUUAAACCAAUAGUGAUGACAUCGGCAACGAAGAUCACGUCUUCCCUUGGCAGUAACGUGCUCCUGCGGUGUGACGCUACAGGUUAUCCAACCCCGACCCUGCUGUGGAGCAGAGAGGAUGGAUCAGUGCUCAGGAACCCUGAUGUUCAGGAGUCCCCAGGUGAAGGUGUCCGCUGGUCUAUCCUGAGUCUGCAAGAGAUUGUAUUAAAGGACAGUGGCGUUUACCGCUGCAAGGCAAAGAACCUUGCUGGAAGUGCAGAAGCCUCCAUCACACUAUCUUUGGCUGAGAUGGACCUAACGACUCCAUCUCGUCCCUUCAUCAGGACUUUUUCUGCUGUUCCAGAGGCCAUGAUUUCCUUUUUUACCACCACCACCACCACCACCACCACCAGUACCAGCACAUCCAAACCAUCUCUGACUACACUACAAGCUAUAGCUAGCCAGUUGAAUUUAGACCCAGGUGGAGGCAUCCAGAGAUCUCCACCAGCUAUAAAUACAUCCAAGAUGGAGCAAAGCAAAAAUGGCAGCAAGGAUAAAACUCGAAAAAAAGGUAGUUCAUUCAUCAGAGACGUUGAGGUGGUUGAGGAAACAGGAGACAGUGCAGUUGUUGUGUGGAUGAGUGAGGGCUUUCCCGGUGAACUGCCCCUGUCAGUGGUGUACUUUCCAUAUGAUGCAGAGGAGAUAAAAGAGACUGUGGACACUGAGGUUGGAAAUGGUAAGCUCCUUCUCGAGAACCUGUUUCCCAACCAGAUGUACACGGUCUGCUUGGUUCCCAAAAGCGGGAAAGAGCAAUGUGUGAACUUUAGCACUCUGGAUACCUUUACGGAUGUUGGACCAAACAGGUGGCUGCUGACUGUCAGUGGAAUUGCUUGUGUUUUUGUUCUUCCUCUCAUUGUUCUCCUUCUUUACAAGACCUUGUCACUAUACUGGAAAAAGAGCAGCAGCGGUAAAAGUGAACUGGACGAUGAUCUUUCCAAAGAGACUUACGUGAAAUUUGAGUCUCUGGCAAUGCAGCAGCGGACGCUGAAUGGGCAGGCGAGCGAUCUCUGGACACGACGGCCGACCCAGGAGUCAGAGAGGAUGCUCCUUUGCUCACGUUCAAGUAUAGACUCACAAAUGACCUACAAAAGUGACCAUUCACGAUUCGAGUACCUUUGCUAGCUCUGUGUGAGCAGUACACAUGCUUUAGCACUAGGGGUUUGGGGUCUGCUGUUUCUUGUGCGCGUGUAGUCGUUAACCUCCAGACGAUUUCUAUAGACUAUCAUGUAGAAUGUGUAAGAUGUGUAGAAGUGCACCGAUCCAGAGAACCUUUAAAGAACUGUUUUUUCUAAGAACCCAUGAAGGUUCUUUUUAAAAAAACCUUUAUUUUCUUCAGCAUUUAAUU